ACUGAACUCUCAAAUCUACAUUCAUCUUUGUAAUGAGGGGUUUAUGAUAUUAUAAGAGCCCCUCUUCUGUUCUUUUCCCCUCACAUAUCACACUAACACACGAGCAUCAUGGUCAUCAAAUGUGUGCUGUCAACCACAAAUUCCUUGUUUACCGACGUCUUUCCCACAGAUCUAAACGCAGAUGCCACUGUAGUCAUGAAGCUCUUGCCAUCUGUGCCCCAAAAUGAUCCCUCUUUCAAAGAUCUUUUCCUCCUGCCAUCUUGAAACAAAAUCAGAAUGAAGUGGGCCUGCUCAGAAUUUUGAUACAUGACACAGAGCAUGAUUGGAUGUUAAUUAUUUAAUUGUACUAUGUAGUGCACCUGUGUGGACGCAUCAGCAUUUAUUAUGUUUCCCCACUCAUUUAAUCAGGUUUUUUGUCCAGUGUAAAACGUUAAGGUGUGAAAGUGAUCUGUGAACACAGACUAUAGGAAGACAUGCAGAGUUUUUCCUGUUUCUCCCAACAUGAAAUGUCCAUUCACACUGCAGUCCACAUCUGCAGCUGCAAUGCAACCCUAACUCAAAGCGUUCAACUAUCAGUGGUUGCAACCCUUGACUGUCUAGUUUCAUUGCCACAACACAACACUGAAGAAACGAACAAGAUAUAAUUGUACUUGCCAGGUGAUGGACAUCAAUAAAUGAUUGUGCAUCAAAGGUAGAGCUGUGCAACAAGCACACACUGAAAAAUUCUUAUUCUAAAUGGGAGUCGAUGGUCAACGCUUUGACUCGUGGUCUGCAAUGCGUGUCAAACACAAACAUCUGCAAGGUGGGAGAUUAAAAAACACAAAGCACAAACAAAAUCACAUACAGUUGGGCAAAAGAGGAUUAUAAUUAUGACUGUUGUGGAAGAGGAAUGUUUGAGUCCACUAGUUAAUCUUUUUUUUUAUAUAUACAUGAAUGCAUAAUGUAAAAGUAAAUCUCUUACAGAUUUAUCUGUUCAUCAACAAACCUAUGUAUCCACAGUGUGACUCGUGUGACCACUCUUCAGGGUCACAGGGCAUUUCCCAAAGAAGUUUGCAUGAAACUUGACAACAUACUUUUCCUUGUCCUUGCAAAUGGACAGAGAGAAAGACCUUUUCUGGCUGAUGGAUAAUAGUGAGAUGAAAACAGAGAAGCAGCAGCCUAAAAAGCCCAUUCAGAGGCUAUAGGGUAAUAUUCCUAAAUAUGGCUAACAUGGCUGGUGGACUUCCUGCAACACAAAGUAAACAUACUGUCUCUUCACUUCUUCUUUUGGCUCAACAUAAAUACUUAAAAAGGGUUUCCUGUUGUUGCAACAAGCUCAUUGUUUUUGUGUAGGUGUCCGUGAUGCGGUGAAUACAUUCAGGUUGUCAAUACCACACCUACGAUGACUACCUAUGACACAGUAUAGCUGUGGCUCCAUGAUUCAAAGUGAAAAUGGGAAGUGCCGUCUUCCUGUAGUUUCCUGUCGGCGGCACUCAAACAAGUUUACGUUCACACACUUGUAUCUAUAGGCCCCACGCACGCGCGGCUUGACGCCACUCUCGAAUCACGUAGUGGUGACUGCCAGUGGAAAAGAAAUUUCAUUACUCACACACGCCAGUUUCUGCAGCUUUCCAACUCUGCACAAGUGGUUUUCCUGUGUCCUCAGGGAUAACUAUAAAAAGGUAAGCGACACAACAGUCUACAUUUCCAGUAAAACUUUGGUAUAGCGACUUUUGGUGAUCUGGUGCCUGCUACUGACACUGAGAAUAUGAAGCUGGUUGUUCUUUGCCUUUUUGCAGUCUGCUGCUGUUCUCUGGCCAACACAACAAACAGUCGCAAAAAAUUAGAAGAAGUCCUGAGGCAGUUGAGAGAUGUGAAAACAAGCCUGCAGAACGACGAUAAGAUGCUGAAUACUCCACCAGAGAAUAUUGAGAACUGCUGCAGUCUGAAAGCCCUGGAAUGCUUCCGGGCCAACCUGAAGUUGCAUUUUAACAUUAAUGAAAAGAAACAAAGCAAACUUUACAGGAGCCUCACGCAUACCCUGACUGUGAACGGUCUGGACUUUUGCAAUUCAGGAAAUAAAACGCUCCCAUGCCAACACUGCGACUCGCAUCCUAAGGCACCUGCCCAGGAAUUUUUCAACAGACUGGAGUCUCUCAUUCAAAGGGGCAUAACCAGACUGACCAUGAACUGAGAAGAAACAAAGAUCUAGUCAUGACCAAGGACUGAAUGUAAAGAAGACACUACGCUGAAAACAUGGCAAAGUCUGCAUGUUCUAGCCUUCUAUAUAUUUAACUUAUUUAAUAUUUAUUUAGAUUGUGGUGGUGAACCCACUCAAGCUAUAAAGAAUGUAUUUUCAGGAAAGCUGCUUUGCCGCCACCCAGUGGACUUGACUUGGCAGUUUAGAUUUUCUUUUUCUCUGUUUCACUGAAAGUGAAAGUUAAUUUAUGUUGUAGUUCUCAAAGAAUAUAAGGUAUAUAUUGACAUUUAUACUGUGUAUGAUGUUCCUCAGUACAGCAAUUCUUUAAUUGAAAUAUUUGUGUACCAUUUGAAAAUAUUAAAUAGA